UACAAAUACGAUUAUACAGCCUCAGUUUAACACGGCCGAGCGGACAGAUAGAGCAUUCUACGAUCCGACUCAUAAAGAAAGGUAAUUCUGUAAGGUUAAUACUAAACGCAGAGAUUUUUUUUUAACAAUUGCACAGAUCUCCUGACGAAACGGAAGAAUAGGGAAACCAUUAUUAUAGCUGGGACUGAGGUGAUGUUUCAGGCAGGAUGUCGGUUCUCCUGACAGAACCAGCAUCACUGGGCCGGGAGCCUGCUGUCAGAGCGGACCGCAGUUCGGCGUUCAGCAGAUGAAUGGACAGUUUCACGUGCGCUCCUCCGCGUGACGGAUCCGGAUCAGCGCCUCUGAACGCGGACCCGCUCGAGCAACACAAACGUGUUUACACUGUUAUGAAGAAGUGUCCUGAUCAGUUGCUCUACUUCAAUUGAAAUAAAAGCGAAACAAGUGUGUCACUGGACCAUGAAGCCGCACCAUCAACUGUUUAGGUGUUUUUGGCGAACGUUCGUCAUUGUUCUUCUGUUUGAUGUCACACCGCUCAUGUUGUUCAGGGGUUCCCUCACUCUCACCCUGACCGGUGAGAACAGCAGCUUCAUGCUUGAGGAGGAUGCGCGGAUAAUCUGCUCUUCUCACAUCGUCUCAAGUCGUAGAAGAGAGUUGAAGCCUUUGGUCAAGACCAGGCCGUUUGCUUUGGUGGAUGGAGUUAGGAGAAGGCUGAGUGAUGUUUUACAGAAUGGUCACCCUGAUAGACUCCAGUGUGGUUUAAAAGUGGGAACCAUCUUGUAUAUACUGGAUAUGAAGAAAAACCAAGAUCUUUUGCCAAAGCCACCUAAUGUGUUUUACUACCUACCAAAUGGAACCGGGGUGUCCAUGGAGCAGAAUCCAGUGACCCACUGUUACUAUCAUGGCUCAGUGCAAGGUUUCUCUCAGUCCCGUGUGGCUCUCAGCUCCUGCUCUGGAUUGCGGGGAGUGAUCGUCAUUAACGCCACACUAAGUCUUGAGCUGCAUCCUGAUGAAGAAGAAGGUGAUAAGGAUGAGGAGGGGAGUGGAGAAAUGAAAGAAGGAUUGAUGCAUGUGAUCUACUCGACUCUCCAGCAAACAUCUGAAUAUGGAGGCUGUGGAGUAUCUCACACCUCUGUUCCUCCCAUUCAGAUCAUUCCACAAACACACAGGAGUAAGAGAGACAUUCUUUCAGAGACCAAAUACAUUGAACUUGUGCUGGUGGCAGAUCAUAAAGAGUAUGUAAACUAUCAGAAGAAUAAUAAAACCAUCAUCUACCGCAUGCUGGAUGUCGCAAACCAAGUAGAUUGGUUCUAUCGGCCACUGAAUGUGCGUGUGGCUCUGGUAGGGUUGGAGAUCUGGAGUGACCAGGAUAAAAUCCAGGUGGAUAAAAAUCCUACUGAAACUCUAAACCGCUUCCUUGAGUGGAGGACGAGGGAGCUGUUACCACGACUACGCCAUGACAAUGCACAGCUGAUCAUGGGUGAGUCAUUUGAUGGGACGACGGUUGGCAUGGCAUCUCAGUCCUCCAUGUGCUCAAAAGAUCGAUCAGGAGGAGUGAAUGUGGAUCACCUGGUAAGUGUGUUGGGCGUAGCCUCUACGGUAGCGCAUGAGCUAGGCCACAACCUGGGAAUGAGUCACGAUACUGUUGACCGACGCUGUCAGUGUCAGAAUGAGCCACGUCUUGGAGGCUGUAUCAUGGAGCCCUCUACUGGGUUUAUGCCUGGUCAGCUCUUCAGCAGCUGCAGUGAGCGGGAUCUGUCUCUCAGUCUGCUGCAUGGUGGUGGGAUGUGUCUGUUUAACGUGCCUCAGCCGGAGAGUCUUAUGGGAGGUCAGCGCUGUGGGAAUCUGUACAUGGAGAAAGGAGAAGAGUGUGACUGCGGCCUGCUGGAUGAAUGCAAUGAUCCUUGCUGUAAUGCCAGUACGUGUAAACUGGUUCCAGGUGCCCAGUGUUCUUCUGAUGGUAUCUGCUGUGAGAACUGCAAGCUGCGUGUGGCUGGGUCAGUGUGUCGAGACCCCUUAGGAGAGUGUGAUUUGCCAGAGUACUGCACUGGUACCUCCCCCUAUUGCCCACCAAAUGUGUUCCUACAGAAUGGAGAGCUGUGCAAGGGCAGGUCCUCUUACUGCUACAGCGGCGUGUGUGCCAGUCUGGACGAACAGUGCCAAAUGCUCUGGGGAUCAAACUCCACCCAUGCUCCGCCCAUCUGCUUCUCUUCAGUGAAUAAACAGGGCAACAAGUACGGAAACUGCGGCCAGAUGCCCAACGGUUCCUACAUCCCCUGUUCAAAAGGGGAUGUGCACUGUGGGAGGAUCCAGUGUCAGGGUGGGAGUGAUCGUCCUCUGCUGGGCUCCAAUGCUGAGAUUUUGACCACAAAGGUUAAACUGAACCAGAGUGACUUUACCUGUCGAGGGACCUAUUUUAAUCUAGGUGAUGAUGUUUCUGACCCAGCCAUGGUGGCCCAGGGGACUGCCUGUGGACCCAAAAAGGCUUGUGUGGACCAACGCUGUCAGGACGUUUCCAUGUUCGGUGUUGAAGAGUGCCACAAAAAGUGCAAUGACCAUGGGGUUUGUAACAGUAAUAAGAACUGUCACUGUGAUGAGGGCUGGGCUCCUCCUGACUGCAGAUAUUCUGGAACUGGAGGCAGUGUGGACAGCGGUCCCGCACGAGAACCCAGAGAUUCUGAUCCUGCCCAGGUGGCUCUGCUUGUAAUCUUCCUGUUUGUGUUGCCGGUCGGGCUGCUGUUAGUUGCACUCCGGUUCCCCCGCUGUCGCCGAAGCCUUGUGAGCCUCGGCCACACACCCUUCAACAAAACCCGACAGAGCCGAACACCUGCCAUAGAGCUUACAAAUGCUCGAAAUGGAGAUCAGGUGCAGCCACUCAGAUACCAGUGGCCCCAGCAGAAUGACAUCCCUCUUACACAGACUGUCAACAAGGUUCAGCACAGGCCUGCUGCUCCAACUAAACCUCUUCCACCUGAUCCUGUCACUAAACCUGCUCAGUUGGCAGGCCACUGGCCUGCGCCUCCCACCAAGCCCCUCCCUCCUGACCCCACACCCUCAGAGAGCAAGAUGCAAUGCAAGCCCACAGGAGCACGACCGGCUGCACCAAGAAAGCCCCUUCCCCCUGACCCUGUCCUCUCUGACCGACAGAACCCUGUUCCCCCUAAACCUCCCGUUCCCAAGAAACCACUGCCUGUGGAUCCUUCAUCUCACCCUCCUCCUCCACUCCCACAGCUGGGGCAUGCGGGAACUGUUGCAUCUUUAUCGUCCUCUUACUCACAUAGCCUUAAGUCAGCUGCCGCUCCUGCCAGACCUGCUCCCCAUCCACCUCUUCGGAGACAACAGCAUCCUGGGAAACCCCAUGCUCCUCACCCAGUAUAGCCAGUAAGGAAACAUUGGUCCGGUGUUGCUUUGCUGUGGGAUACUGUGUGAUGUAGACUUGCACAUUUUUAUUUGCACUGACCCAGAGAGUGGACUUGAUUCUGCAAGGUGAAACCUUGACACUUGCAGGGACCCCUCUCUUGCUCUGCAUCUGAAUCAGAACUUAAACUUCGAACUCACUCUGAGGCUCAAUGGGCCAUUUACAGACAUUUACAUUACAGACUCCAAUAAUGGUGAAAAGAUAUUAUUGAUAUUAUUUUUCUUUUUUAAGAGUGAAUACAAAGGGUAUUCAAUUUUAAAAUGUGAUUCAGAAGCCCAGUUCAAUGCAUGGAAAUAGGAUAGGACCAGAUGAUGCCUUGAAGGAAGGAAUCUUGAUUUCUUCUUCUGAGAUGCUGUAUGCAUGCUCGAUUGCCUGCCUACUGAUGAACUGAUCUUUCCUAGAGAAUCUCUUUGGGGCCUAAUUAAUCAGCUAGACACCAUGUCAUCUACGAUUAUUUAGAAAGCUCACACCAAAACUGAAUUUUUACAUUUUCUCAAAGGUGCACUCAGUAGUUUUUCAUUUAUGUUCACUAGCCUAUAUGGCAAUCGUCUUGGCUUAUACUGACACUUAGCAACGUGGAUGCAGCAUCACACAAAAGAUGCCAAUGCCAUUGUAGAAAUUCCCUAUUUGCAGUUAGCCAUGAUUCAUUUAUUCCAUGAAAGAAAGUACAGAGAUAAAGCUAGUAUUCGGCUGGUCAUCUGAUUUCAUCAUGUCUGCCCCCAUAAGGCAAUCUGUUCCCUGUAAAAUCAGCUUUAUUAGCCUACAGAUAUCACUGGACUCAUAUCAUGUGAGUGUAUGUGAUUUAAAAAAUAAAAUAAAAGUACUCUUUAAAGGAAUAUUCUGGGUUCAAUAUAAGUUAAGCUCAGUUGACAGCAUUUGUGGUAUAAUGUUGAUUACCACAAAAAUUUAUUUAGAAUUGUCCCUCCUUUUCUUUACAACAGCAAAAAUCGAGGUUACAUUGAGGCACUUACAAUGGAAGUGAAUGGGGCCAAUUUCUGCAGGGUUUAAAUUGUAAAAUUGGCUAUAACUUUACACAGAAAAGGGUAAUAAGUGAUUUUAUCACUAAAAUCAUGUUAACUUGCAUAUUGUUUAUGUCUUGUGGCUAUACUUUUGAAAAAGUGAGUAUUUUAAUGUUCAAAUAUUGGCCACAUUCACAUCCGUUGUAAGUGCCUCACAGUAACCCAGAAAAGGUGGGGCAAGUCAAAAUUGUUUUUUGCAUUAAUCAGUAUUAUGCCACAAAUUCUAUCAUUGAGCUCAACUUGUACUGAACCUGAAAUAUUAUUACAACUUUAUUUUAAUAAGAGAAAAAUGACUAAAUGCACUUUUAAUUUCUCCAGCUAUAAAUGCCUAUUAGUUUAAAGACAGAGCUUCUGUCCAGUAAAUUCCAUUUGGCAUCAGCUGUCUCAUUACAGACAUUUGCAUUGCACACAAACACACACAUAGCCUUUGUAAAGUCUGUGUUUUAUAUCGGUGUCAAGAAAAAAAAUCAGAUUGCAAAUUGUGAUUACAAAUGCUGCUGCAGGAAAAGCUGGCUGAUUGGAAGAUGUACACCUCUUCACUCAAAGCACCGAGAAAGGUAUUUGAAGAUAUUUGUGUAUUUUGAAAUAUGCCAUAUUUUUAAUGCAAUAAACAUGGGAUCUAUUUUUACACAUGAA